CAUGGAAUACCCCUCAGUCUGUGAAGUGGAGCCUCACCAUCCUCACUUGUUUCUUCUCGCCUUCGAAGCAGGACAGGUCUCUUGUCAUGAUGAUGGUGGAAGGGGAAGGAGACGGCUGGAAGGGCCAAAUGGUUUCAGAUGGAGAGGAAACACUGAAUAGCCCCGGCAGGAACAACUUCUCCACGUGCAUCUACAACCACAACUUGAAUGGGAAGGAUCUCAACAGGCAAAAGGGUGGGAAUACGCGGCGGGGAGAGGGAAAAGUCAGUUUCAACAAUGGUGGUCGUGGAGGCCGCGAGAAGCCUGCACAUCUGGUUGCAAGGAGAAAUGCGAGGGAAAGACGACGGGUUCAAGCCGUGAAUGGAGCCUUUACCCGCCUCCGGAACGUCCUCCCACUGGAAAACAGAGGGAAGCGGGUGUCGAAGGUGAAGACGUUGCAGCGAGCCAUUGACUACAUCGCGCAUUUGGCCUCACUCCUUGCGGAAUCCCCUCCGCAUUCAUCUCCUUAUGCCAGAUACCAUGAUCACAUUCAGGAGCAUCUCUCCUCCUUCCAGGAACAUCUUCAUCACCAUCAUCAUCGAAUGAGCCCCCCUUCUCACCAUCAUCACCAGCCUGGACUCACAUGUAGGGCUCAUCCGUAUCCCCAAUGA